GAAACGAAAAAAACUGAUACACUAGCUCUUAGCUUAUAAUUAUGUAGCCGAUUGUAAUGUACGAAUUACUAUAACAAGAUAGGCACUGUAAUUAUGCAGCCAACCUAAACACAAUAAUUCAAAGUGAACGUUCUCCAACUCCCACAAAAUCUAGCUGCAUGAAUGCAAUGGAUCAAUCUCAAUCGACGCAAGAAGAACAAGAGAAUGAACAGCCACAACAAGAGAGAAGUCACAGUGUGUCAGCUCAACACACAACUACUUCACCACUAAUUGUGAGUAUUGCAGACUCAAUCAGAGAACAACAUAUCAAUGAAACAGCCUCUAAUGAUACUCAGUUUUCUGCUGAUACUCCCUCACAAUUAAUUGUCAGUAUACCGUAUCCAAUAAGAGCACAACGAAAUACUCGGUUAAAAAAACCUAUCGUUAGUAUUCCAUAUCCUCUAACUUCACCACUAAUUGUGAGUAUUGCAAGAGAACAACAUAUCAAUGAAACAGCCUCUAAUGAUACUCGGAUUUCUGCUGAUACUCCCUCACAACUAAUUGUCAGCAUACCGUAUCAAAUAAGAACACAACGAGAUACUCGAUUAAACGUUAGUAUUCCUUAUCCUCUAAAAGAAAAAAAUUCUGAACGUGAAAUAUCCAAACAAUCCCACUCUACACUAGCUAGGAAACGGUUCUCUACUAGAAGCAAAAGAAAAAACUGCAAACCAAACUCUAAUUUGAAAGGUGCUACUUCUACAGAUAUUCCACGGGUUCACCUUGAUAACCCUCAACAGUUGGCAGGUAGCUCACGUCAGUACGAGAGUGAUGAUAGUGAUAGUACAUUUAUACAGCAGUAUGAGAGUGACAGCUCACAGCAAUGUGACGGUGAAUGUAGCAAAACUGAUGAUGACACAAGACAACAUCAUUUAAUAGCAAGCUGUUCAAGUCAAACAAUGCUAGAUUUCAACAAAAUAUACGAAACACUUUUCGAAGCCCGUGCAAAAUGGUACAACCUAGGCCUAGCCUUGGGACUUGAUAUAGGUACCCUCGAUAGCAUAAAACACAAUAAUAAAGAAUGUGAAGAUUGUUUGAGGGAAGCCCUAAAACAACGAGACAAUACCACCAAAUUAACUUGGACAGAAAUUAUAAAAGCUUUAAGAAAUCUUAUUGUUGGAAAACACCAGCUGGCUAAUAAAAUUCAAACCAAGUAUGCGCCAGAAUGUAUGUCACAAAGUAGCUCUCAGCCUAGUAGUGAACCAACUCCAGAAUGUGUUGUGAGGUACGCCAGCUUCCUCAAAGACAAGUACAAGCAGAUGCCAACUUUUCCAGACGAUUGGCCACCACCACUGAAAAAGAAGUUUACAAAACUAGCUCUAAUUGAGAGAGAGAGAAAGAAACAGAUUUGUUUACCUCAAGCUAAGCACACACAAUCAAUCGAGUAUGACUACGCUAUUGGAAAUGUGGACAAUAUUGUUGAGAGAAAGCAAACGACUACAUUAGAGAAAAUCUUUCAGCCACUACCUAGUGAUUCUACACCAAACAGGUACAUUGUUGUAAUGGACGGAGCGCCAGGAGUAGGAAAAACCACACUCAGUAGGAAGAUAUGCAUUGAUUGGGCACAAGGGAAGCUCCUUAAGGACCAUCACAUUGUUAUCCUCAAACCACUAAGGGAACUAAACGGUCACACAGCUGUCUCACUCACUGACAUACUAAAAGCUGACGACCCUAGACUAAGGAAGCAAAUCGUAAAGUACAUACAGGAGACAUCAGGUUUGGGAGUCAUGUUCAUCUUUGACGGAUUUGACGAGCUAAGCAGUGAGCAACAACGAUCUGAUAAGGAGACAAUUUUCUGGGAAAUUAUUCGAGGAAAUUGCUUACACAACUGUUCCGUGCUGGUUACAUCACGCUCAUACGCCUCACGCCCACUAGAAAAUAUCAAUCGUGUCAAUCGACAUGUUGAAGUGUUAGGCUUUAAAAGAAAGGACAUUGAACGUUGUAUUAAAGAGAACAUUACAGUCAAGGAAAAAUCAGAGAAGCUAAUACAGAUGUUGAAGGACAGAUUGGAUAUUGUCUCCCUAUGCUAUAUACCUCUAAACUGUAGGAUUGUAUUGUAUGUCUACCAGCAACAAGGUACUUUACCCGACACACUCACACAACUCUAUGAGGUAUUCAUUCUGUACACAGUCAAACAUUACAAACCUGACAUAAAUGAAAUACAAUAUGCAAAUAAUAUUGAGGAUUUUCCCGCUACAAUAAUCGAUUGUCUAGACUCGUUAUGUGAGUUAGCAUACACAGGAAUGACUCAAGACAAGUUAGUCUUCAAAUAUAAGGAAGUCACACAGGAAUUUGAUACACCAACAUUAUCUUUAGGACUACUAAACUUGAUCGAGACUUUCAACAAAAAACAAACAAAGGCUUAUUACUAUCAGUUCCUUCAUUUAACCAUUCAAGAGUUUCUAGCUGCCAGACAUCUCGCACUAACAAAGAGCAACAAAGACAAACUAGAGUUUAUUAAAUCCAAAUUUGGUGAUGAUAGAUUUAGAAUGACUUUACUCUUUCUCUCUGGAUUGACUCAACUUGAUUUUCUUCCCAUUGAACAAACCUUCCCAGAUCCGAAAUCAAUAGACACUGGUGGGGAACAUAAAUACAAAACCCAAACCAGAUCUCUGCGAAAACAAGACAGAUCUCAAUUCUUAUUCCUAGCUCAUCUUCUAUACGAAAGCUGUCAAACAACAUACAACUGGCUCUUGCCCUGUCUGGUGACCAAUUCACUCAACUUGUCAGGGCAAAGUCUCUCACAGUUCGACUGCCUUCUCUUGGCCAACUUUCUCGCCCUAACUUCCAAAGAUCACGUGUGGGAUGAGAUAAAGUUGUCUAAAUGCAGUCUUAGUACUGAGAAAAUUGAACUAUUACUAUCUAAGAAACAUUCCGAAAGAGACAUUUCAGUACUGUGCCUAACCAAACAACUAGAUAUCUGUUCAGAUGCUCGAAUUUCCCAAACUUCAUUUUCAUUACUUUUUGAAAAAGAUUCAAAACUGGAAAAUGUUUACGCUCCAUGUUUGAAGUUUGAAGAAAAAGUAUGCUGCAUAUCUCCUUUAGGUGAAGCAUUACUACGAACACAAAGCUUACAGGAAUUAAAAAUGGGAUCUGAUAGACAAAGAAUACGGACCGAUGUGAUAACAAAAAGUGAACUAUGGAUUUCAGAAACACAGAUAUGUUCGGGCAUGAUUCAAAAAUUGUUUGAAUUCAUUCAGCUGGAAAAAGUAAAGAUAAUCGCAUUAUGUAAUCCAGACGGGUUUGAGGACUGUUCGCAAUGUGCUAGCUCUGGAAGUGACGCUUGGGAGAGUUUAUGCUAUGUCAUCAAAAAUAGUAAGAAAAUAAAACUCAUUAAAAUUAACAAGAGCCAAUUCAAUGCACAUGAUAUUUCAUCACUUAUGGCAGCUUUGCAAAACAAGAGAAACCUACAAACUUUACAAAUACCUGGAAGUAAAAUAAGCCACGAGGGUCUAAUACACUUCCGAAAUAACAUGCCAGUGAAUGUACUUGCUCAUAUUGGCUCAUUUAACUACCAAACGAAUUUGACAACAUUAAUACACAAAGACAAGUAUGUUUGUGUAAGCAUCGGGCCGUUACCUCACGACAUUAAGUUUUAUGACGAUAAUGACGUCAUGCAUCUUGCUCAAUCAACGGAUCUAUUUACACCCUUGCUGGAAGGGGAUUUGCCACCGGAACUACAUGGAGUGACUGUCAGCACUAAAUCAUUCAUGUCUAAGGCUUUACUCAGGUCAGUAGGAAAUAGCAAAAUCGUAACUAGUUUGACAGUAGCUAAUCUUUUUGAUGAACAAUUCACAAAAUUUGCUGGGGACUUUCGAGAUAAGCUUAAAGAAACAAAAAGUUUACAAACCCUAAAACUUGACUUAUGCGGACUAAACGACACUUCAAUUAAACAUUUGGAGGAUGGACUCUCACUCAAUGAAGCUGUGGCACUGAAGUUAGAUUAUGAAUACACGCUGAAUAAUGCACUUAAAGUGAGGUCGCAAAAUCUUCAUGAGCUUAAUGUAGAAGUAUGUAUUCUGAGCGAAGAAGAUAUGAGGCAACUUUUAGAGAUAGUCACAAAAUGCAAGCAGCUACAAGUAUUAAAAGUAUGCUUAGAAGACAAUUCAGAGUCUUUCUUUCAUGCUCUAUCAGAUAAUCAAAACCUGAGAGAACUCAGUAUCCACACUACUAGUAAGAUGUCAGUAUUGCUGUUUCAAACACUCCCAUCAACCUCCAUCACCACUUUAGAUUUCGCAGUUUUGAAAGAAGUACUUGGAAAUGAGGGAUCUUUAGCGUUUAAGGAGUUCAUUCAUCGAAAUAAAGUGCUAACUGUUUUGAGAGUUAACAGAUGUGGUCUAACAAAUGAAGCAUUCAGGGGAAUCACUUUUACACACGAAUCUCCUUUGAGAGAACUUUAUUUCGGAUUAUAUAUUAGUGUUGACAAAGGUUGGGCAGAACUUUUCAAUGCUCUUUGUUCAUCACGCAUCACCACACUAGACAUCAGUGGUAAUAAAUUGUAUGGAGAGGAAUGUUGCACAGCUUUGAAUUGUCUACUCUUAAAAAACGAAACAUUAAUCGUUCUAAGAAUUAGUCAGCUUUGCAAUAAUGAAAUGGUUCGUUGUAUUGCUGAUGCUUUGUCACAAAAUUGCUCGUUGGGGGAACUAAAAAUUGGCACAUACGGUUUAAGCAUUCAGGGAUGGAUAAAAUUGUUUGAAAGUUUAUAUAAAAAUACAAGGUUAGAAACACUACACUGUAUUAAUACACAACGCAAGAAAAAAAAGAACUUAAAGAUCGCUAAAUCUUUGUGUGAAAUGCUAAAACACAACCGAGACCUUCAAAACCUAAACAUUGACGAUGAAUUGAUUGAGUGCAAUUUAAAAGAAUUUGCAAUAGCGUACAUUCAGAGAAAACCUGUCCUAAAUUUAACUGUUAGAAAGUUACAAGAACAACUAGAGAACGAGAUCGAGGAACUUGAAUAUACUGAUAAGGAGUACAACAUUCAGAACAGCGUCUGAUACUCAGCCACCAUGCACUUAAACACACACUGUCCAGUGUCCACCCUCUUAUAAUACUAAACUGAACAAGAACUAAACAGCUGCUUUUUGUAUGUACAUGUAUAAAUAUGCACCCUCAUUAUUUUUACAAGAACAUCGUAUGUACAGUAUUAAUUUUCUGUGUAAAUUUCUGUCACAAAACAGAUUGAAAGUGCAA